AUGUCUUCCGAGAAUGAUCCACCUCAGAAACCAGCUGCGUCUUCAUUUGCCGAUGUUUUCAAGACACUAGCAUCAGGUCGCCGUAAAUCUCUCUCCCCUCUCUCAGCUUCUGAUAGCCCUUCCGAAUUCCCAAACCAUGUCAUCGACGGACGCAGGGGUUCUCGUGUGACGUUCGGAUUUGAAGGGAUGUCGCGCGGAACUAUGUCCAACAGUUCGUUGGAUCAUAGCGCCGUUCCAAGUUAUGAGGAUGCGCUCGAAAAUCUCAGGAACCCCGUACUCGCUGUAGAUGAAGUGGAGGUACUUGCCAAGCAUUCAACCAAGUUCACGCCGGAACAGAUCAUAUCUCUUUGGGAAGCAAGUUCAUAUUUACUCUGUCAGGGCGACUUUGAGGAUGCCCGGCUACGCGCAUCGAGGUUCUUGGACACAAUUGUGGCGCGGCCGGAUCUGUCAACAGACCUCAAAGCUCAACUCUGCAAGAGUAUAUUAACGCCAACACCGGCUGAUGUGAUACCCGCGCGGGUCAACGCACUCAUUGCGCUUUCCGAUAAUGGCAGGAAAUUGGAUACCAUGCAGGUCAACAUCUUACCAGCGCUGGCGGUUGCAUUAUAUUCGUUGUUCAAAGCUGUCGCCAACCUGCGGUCGAAAGCGAAGAAGAGCAAACAACCGCGUACCAUUGAAAAUGAAGAAUCACAUUUGGAGAACCUUUUUGAUUUCAUACUCAAUGUUAUCACGCUUCAAAAUUUCCCACUAGAAGAGAAAGAUGCGGCUACCUUACUCGAGGAAGUUCUCAAGAUCUGCAAGAGGACGGCAUCUCCUGAUGAUCUGAAGAGUUCGCUCUCUAUUUUCGACGCCAUCAUCUCGUACGCCGAGGUACCAGAUGAUAGUUUUGCUCCACUAUUAGAGGUUCUAUGCGGCAUCCAUGCUUCGGUAAAGACACUCUCUGGUCGCACCUCCCAGGUGAUACGCAACAUAGUCAAAUCCCCUAAAAAGCUAGCCAUGCUUGAGCUUUUAUACUCUUUUUUGGAAGGGCCAGAUGACCACGGCCGAAACGCAAAUGUAGUACGCGGCGCGGUGGAAACUUUCACCGAUAUAAUAAGAUCUCACGACAGGAAGAAGUUACCAGAGCUAUCAUUUCCAAAAUUAAUCCACUGUCUACAAGCAGUGCCGCCACGGCGGAGUGGAAGGCUCAACGCGGCUACUCUUGAAUUAUGUGCAAACAUCCUAGAUGGCGAUUUUGCCUUCAUCUGCAUAGAGGAACCAGAUUGGACCAGCUUUUCGAAGUUGCUUAUUGAAUGCUCCGGUGCAAUUGGUCAAGAGGUCACUGAUAGUGCUCAAUCUCCUGUCAUUUCUCCUACAAGGAGUAUAUCGCAUGAUGAUCAUCUUGCUGCCAGCAUUUCCCGCCUAUCAUCCCUUAUCGAGCACUCGUGGGUUCAGUUGAGCUCAGAACAAAAAUCUGAAAUCAGUCAGUUUUUGAGAAUAUCGCACCGGUACCUUUCACCGACCCAAGCACGCCUCUUGAUCAACCAUCUCAAAAUGCAGAAAUCGUAUUUCCCAGGAACCGAAGACUGGGAACAAGAAGCCAAAUGGCUUGUUGAUUCAUUUCUUCAGGCGCCUGCUAAGGUGUCGGAUGUGCGUGCUUACGCCUUGGAGGCACUCGAAGAAGCAAUGUUUCAAGACAACAACCUCGUCGAUUUUGAGCAAGCUGGUAUCAUUGACUCUUUACUUCAGAACUUCGCAGAUGAGAAAGACACAAUUUACCUGUCAUCACUUGUCUCCGUGAUGAUUGAGAUCGCGGCACGGGCGGAUAAUGAUGAUAUCUUUCAUACCGUUGUCGACACUCUGAGUUCACCCAUGAUUUCCGACUUUCUUGAAGAGGAUGAUCCAGCUAUCCUGAGCGGACAAUUAUCACAAUCACGCCGUAAUUCUGCUUCUGUUCUCGAGCCAUCUUUAUCAAACGUCUGCAUGAUGGGUCUUGUUCGACUCUUCCUCAGAUUUUUGAAUUUGUCAGCCCAACGAGCAGCGUUGCUGUUUGAAACUCUCAUCUUCAUUAUGAAGACGUCAAAGAAAAGACCAGCCGAUGCCACGCUCACAGUUCUCAAGUUGUUGUUCCGAUUGCGCUGCGACUCAUCUGGUGCGAUCUGGGUUACCGCAGACAUUGAGAAUGACUUUUUGGUGGCUGUGCUUAGUCGAAACUUGGAUGUCGGAGUCAAACAGUCUACAACAACGGAAGGUUCUAUAUUGGAGAGAUCCUCCAUGCAUAGCGACGACUGUCUCACUGCAAGUACAGGACGACUGUCUCUGCGAAAUCAAAAUGGUUCCGCCGAAUCGCAAAGGUCUGUCCCUCGCAUGAGUAGUUCCUACUUGCGUGGCACCACGAAGUCGAUGCCUCCCAGUUGGGUACAAGGAGAUUCGAGUCUUCCUGACGAACCAUCAACGACUGCAAGUCCUUUUGUGUAUGCUUACAAGACGGUAGGUGAGGGGACGGAUUCCGAAUCGUCUGAACAGAAUAAAGAAGCGUUGAAAGUCAAUGUUUACCUCGAGACAAUCAUUGACUUGCUUCAAAAACGUGAUACUCCGUGGGAUGUUUACAGCUAUAUCCUCGCUCAUUUGGGGCCACAACUCAGCAAUCGGGACUUUUUCUCCAACGCAGUCCCGCAAAUUCAGAUGCUUCGUAACAUACUGUGCGGCCAGAUCAAGGGCGAGAUGUUCCGGGAGCCACCAGCUAUAGCUGGUAUUAAGAAGGCCGAUGUCGCAAUUUGCAUUUUUGAUUGUUUGUCCAUGCUCGUUGGAUUCCACCAUUACUUUGCAAAAAGCGAACAGGAUGAAUUGGUACGUGCUUUUAUGCUUGGGAUUGGAUCCUGGGAUGGUACGUCCAGAGGAUGCAUUCACGCUUUAUCCGUGUGCUGCCAUGAGAUACCAUUAUCAGUGACAAAAUCAUUGAAUAUGAUACUUGACAAGAUGUCAAAAGUGAUUACUAUGGCUCAUGUGGCAGUCCAUAUAUUAGAGUUUCUUGCACUUCUGGCUCGUCUGCCUGAGGUUUACGUGAACCUACGGGAGGAAGAGAUUCGUACCGUCUUUGGCAUAUGCAUUCGCUUUAUCCAGACGAGUAGAGAACAACGCCUGAAGUCAAGCGAUUCGUCUACUCGCCCAAGCACAACUCCUGCACGUCUCAGUGGUGGUCUGAGAGAAAUAGCCGCAAUGCAACCGGAUUCAUCCGAAGCCAAUACAUGGCAAGAGGGCAUGUCUAACUACGUGUACACUCUGACGUAUCACGUCCUCGUCUUCUGGUUUCUCUCGCUCAAACUUCAGGAUCGCGCGAAUCACGUCAAUUGGAUAACGAAUCGACUGAUCUUCACGGACGAGCUUGGACAGGAAGUGGUUGAAGAGCAGACUGAAGUAUUUAUCGAUUUGAUGCAGCGUGUGACGUACUCGGACUUGGGUGAUACGAUUCCUUAUGAAACGUUUCCGCCAUCUCCAGAAGACGGACCCGUCACCAGCAAGUCAUGGGUCAUCGGGAUGAGUAUCGUCACGGUUGAAACGGCUGGUGUGUCCGGAUUGACGCAGAUUACGAAACGAAUGGCUUCUGGGACGACUUAUGCUGAAUAUCGCCAACGCACUGCCCCUGUACUACCCCAUCAAGUACCUCCAACGCCUGAUACACUGUCAAGUUUCGAUUCAAAUAGUCGAACGGCCAUAUUUCCUUCUCACGUUUUGCUUCAAAUGGUUACUACAGCGUUUCCGACGCCAAAGAUUUCACAACCCAUACCGUUGCCUGACGAUGCCAUGACCCGUCGAGCUAUCAGCUCGUUUGAUAGGAACGACAUUGUCGACGGACAUAAAGUAGGAGUGAUCUUUCUGGAUAACAAUCAAACCACAGAAGCAGAAAUUCUCGCAAACACAGCCGGCAGUCCAGACUACGACCAUUUCUUGAACGGACUUGGUACUAGAGUCUCUAUCCGAGGAGCGCAAUUCAACACUCAGGGUCUCCACAGCGAUAUCGAUGGCGAGUUCACAUAUGCCUGGAGGGAUCGUGUGACCGAAAUGGUCUAUCACGUAACGACCAUGAUGCCCACCAAUCUCGAAAGUGAUCCAGCCUGCGUUGCUAAGAAACGUCACGUGGGCAACGAUUUUGUCAAUAUCAUCUUCAACCGUUCCAACCGACCAUUCAACUUUGAGACCAUCCCAUCACAAUUCAACUCAAUCAACAUCGUCAUAUCGCCAGUGUCUCGAAUCGCCGAGUCGGACUUUAACCGUGACACUGACAGUAAUCGCGACUACAACAAAUCCUUCUACGUAGUCAGAGUGAUGAGCAAACCCGGCCUACCAGAAUUGUCACCCGCAUCAACACCAAAAGUAAUCUCCGGCAAAAGUCUAGCCGCCUACGUCCGCAUUCUAGCAAUCAACGCCUCCGUUUUCUCCUUGGUAUGGAAUCGUGAAGGUGGUGAACACAUCGGGUCAUGGCGGAAUCGACUUCGCGAAAUCAAGCGAUUGCGUGAACGAGCUAUGAUGUCUGCCCGAACUGCAUCAGUUGAUGCGUCCGAAGGUGGGUUUUUGGGUCAUAGGCGCAAUACAAGGACGAAUAUUCACAGUGAGGAUGAGUCGCCUGUCGGAAAUCGGGCUCAGAUUCGUCCUGAUAUUACGGGCGAUGUUGAUAAUAAUAUUUCGCAAGCUUUGGAUUUUUCUCGGGACAGUGGAAUCAUCUUCUUGAUGACUUUGGCCUUGAUGAAAAAAUUGUCUCUUUAUCGCGUGUGUGUUUAG